AUGAACAUGGACGGUCGUUAUACAUACGUACACAUGCAACGGGCACGCGACGCCGAUUUGUUUGAGGACUUCUGCAAGGACAAGCUACCCGAUGAUGAGAUCUACGUGCCACCUCAUUACCAACCCAUCAAUCCGGAGGACGAGGAUGAUGUCGUUCCUGAUCAACAUGCCGCCUUUGGAAUCCAGAAAGCCACUCAGCACAACAAGGAACCGGCCUGGAAAGAUCUUGGUCUAAACGAGCUGAUGAGGAAAGGCCCUGCGUCAGGAAAGGUUGGCGAUGGGAUCAUAUUUCGAAGGAACGGGUACCAGGGCCUGCCACGGUGA